UCUGACCCUCCCCCAUCUCAUGCUCUCUCUCUCUAUCUCAUUCUCUCUCUCAAAUAAAUAAACUCUUUAAAAAAAAAAGAUUUUAUUUAAGAGAGAGUGUGUGUACCCAUUGUGCACUAGUAGGGGAGGGGAGGGCAGAGGGAGAAGCAGACUCCCCGCUGAACAGAGAACCCAACGUGGGGCUCCAUCCCAGGACCUUGGGAUCAUGACCUGAGCCGAAGGCAGACACUUAACCAACUGAGCCACCCAGGCACUCGAUCAUCUUGGAAAUCUUUUUUUAAAAAUGCCCAGGGGCGCCUGGGUGGCUCAGUCAGUUCAGCCUCCGUCUUUUGAUUUCAACUCAGGUGUUGAUCGUGGAGUCGUGAGUUCAAGCCCCAUGUUGGGUUCCACACUGGGUGCAGAGCCUACUUUAAAAAAUGCCAAGCCAGUCCCCAGAGAUUCUGAUUAAAUUGAUCUGCUAUCAGGCACAGCCACUGGUAUUUAUUAAAAAGUUCCUGAGACAUUCUAAAGUACAAACAAGGUUGAGAGCUGUAGCUCUGAGCUUGCUUGAGGAAUGAGGUAAAUUAAUUUGGUAGAGGGAGGGGAGGAUUAUGAGUGACCAGUGCUUUCAGUAUUUUUUCUAACGCAGUCCUCACAGCUGUGCUUUCCUGCGAUAGGGACAUUCCUAGCCCCGUCCUGUAAGUGAGGAAAUUUGUUCCCAUGUAAAGCAGAGAAAUGUCAGGGCUCACAUUCAUGUGCAAAGCCCAUGUUUUCUGUUACAGUUGGACUUGGGUCUUUAAGGAAAGAGUCUUCGAUAUUUCUGGCCUCUGGGGCUGGCAGGUUCAGAGUAGAGGUGAUCUUCAAAUAUUUGACAGAUGGUACAGAAAAGCAGACUUUGAAAGGAAGCAGUGAGAUUAUGCAUUAAAUGGCUGGUUGUCAAGUACUGUUGGACCUGCUCCAACUCAGUGUUCAACACAGCCCUCUAGGAUCAUAGAGAUGUUGGGGCUGAGAGGAAGGACCCUAGUUGUCUGCUCCUGAGGGAGGCAUGGCCACUGCUCAGUAACUCUUUGAAACUUGUUUCCAUCCAGGCUUUUGCGAUCCUCGCUUUAGGGUGAAGAAUUUAGCUUUGCGUUAAGUUUAAAUGGCAGAGCCCUUUUCUCACACUAUGUUUGAGAUUCAGAAGACAGGCCAGGUGUACAGCUCUACCCUGAGAUAGUGUGAGAUUCACGCUAUUUGUGUUGUUUUGAAGAGGUAGUUAUUAUGCGUGAAACACAAAUGCCAAAGUAUAGAUAGGGAAAAGUGAGUUUCGAGUUUCCUUUCCCAUGCCAAGUGAUAUAGUUCCCUUCUUCAGAGACAGUCACUGCUAAUGACUUCUUGAUUAUAUUUCCAGAACUUGUCUGCCUUUUCAAACUCAGGUGUUGGUUUUCCAUGUUUUCUUUUUUCUAAGUUUUUCUGUACCUUUUUCUCUAUCAUUACACCACAUCGUGGAGAUCAUUUCACGCAAUACCUGUAGAGUAGGUUUCUCAACCUUGGCACAGUUGAUGUUUGGACCAGAUUGUUCCUUCCUUUGGGGGGUGCCAUCUUGUGUAAUGUAGGGUGUUGAACAGCAUCCUGGCCUCUACCCACUAGAUGCCAGGAACACACACACACCCCAUUGUGACAACCACAGAUGUCCCCAAACAUUGCAAGGAUCCCCUGGGUGUAAAAUUGCCCCAAUGAAGAAGCACUGAUGUAGUGCUGUUUUGUUCCUUUUAAGAUCUACAUGGUGUCCCAUCGUGUACAUAACACUCACUUAGCCAUUUUCCUAUUGAUGGGCAUUUUGGUUAUCUCUAAUGUCUUGAUAACUUACAUUUGGUAAAUACUGGCACUGCUCCAAAUGUGUUACAUGUUUUCAUUCAUUUAAUCUUCCAAACAGCCCUGUGGAAUCAUUGUUACUUGCCCCAUUUGCCAAUUGAGGAAGCUGAGGCCUAGAGAGCACAUGAGAGUUCACCCAUAGGAGGGUAGCAGAGUUAGAAGUUGAACCCAGACAGCCUCCAGGCUCAUGCCCUUCACUGUAGAACCAUACUGCCUCUUCCUACAAGCCUUGCCACAAUGAAUACCCUUGUGUGUUAUUUUAUCCAUAUGCAACGCCUUCUAGAGACAAAUACCAGAAAUGAGGUUUACUGUGUUAGAGGGGAUGUGUACCUUCAGUUUUCAAAGAUUUGCCGAAUUACCCUCCACUGAGGUUGUGCUACUUUCUCUCCUGCCUGCACUGUAUGAGAAUUCUACCCACAGCCUUCUGAAUGGGUCUCAGGCUUCCUUGGUCUUUUGGAUGCUUGGUGUAUACUGAAUAAAAGGGAUAAAGCAGGUGAGAAAUUACUGUGUGCCUGUUGGUGAAGAUAGCUCCUAUAAAGGUAGCUCAUGUUAACUUCAUAACAGCUAAGAGUGAGGUAGGUUUUCUUUACCCCAAUAAUUGGCAGAGGCAAAUUUUGAAUCCAGAAUUACUUAAUAUCAAACUGCUGUUCUUUCCUCUCCAGAAGUGCUGAGUUCCUCAGAGAAUAUUGUUUUGUGGGCAAGAAUUGUACUUUUCUAAUUUUAGGGGUACAUGGCUGAGUACAAACAGCUAUGAGAAACCACAGGAUGGACAUGAUACCACUUCCUGCAAUAAUCUGUUCUACUUGAGGAAUUGGAAGGGAAAAGCCAAGGGAUAUAUUUAUCUGGUAAAUAGUUUAAAAUACGAGGUUUAUAUUAAUACGGACUCAGAUUUAUUAUGAUGUAGGAUGCCAAAGUCAUGUGGAUGUUUCAAAAUGAAACAGAACCAACCAGCAGAAGUUUUCUGUAAUGACAAAGCUGCUUUGGGUUCUGUCCUGGACCACAGAACCAGGCAUUAUCUCUCCAGUUUGGAGAUAUUAGUUAAAAGUAGGAGAACUCCCAGGCAAAGAAUACAGCUUUGUUCUCAGAGACUCUCUGGCAGUGGAGUGCUGGGGCUGGCUCACACUAGAUCCCAAACCUGUUGUGUACACCUUUCUCCAGUUCUGUGCUCAGUGACAUGAGUUUGGUAGCUUACAGUGGGGCCCUCAUGGGAGUGUUUACACCAUGGAAAUUGGCAGGUGCUACAAAUCACCCAGCAUAACCCUGUCCUGGAGUCUAAUGCAGAGAGAAUUCAGGCAUCUUAAGACUCUGGGUAGGGCCCUUUGUCUCCACUUUCUGCAUGAGGGAAGCCUUGCUCAGCACACAGAAUGGAAGCCCAGGCCACUUAGUUACUGAGCCACAACUCCUCAGCCUUAACGUGCUGUGCUGCAAAUCUCCCCAACUCCUGUGGCCACUCUGAUAAAAACAGAGUGGCCCUUCUUUUCACUACAUCUGUAUCUUUGGGGUAAAUACCCAGUAGUGCAAUUCCUGGGUCAUAGGGUAGCUCUAUUUUCAACUUUUUGAGGAACCUCCAUACUGUUUUCCAGAGCAGUAAUUUUUAUUGUUUGAUCUGUAUGUGUGUAUGUAUGUAUUUAUUUUUAAAGAUUUUAUUUAUUUAUUGACAGAGAGAGAGAGCACAAGCAGGGGGAGAGGCAGAAGGACAGGGAGAAGCAGACUCCCUGCUGAGCAGGGAGUCUGAUACGGGACUUGAUCCCAGGACCCUGGGAUCAUGGCCUGAGCCGAAGGCAGACACUUAACUGGCCAGGUGCCUCUUGAUCUGUAUUUAAAUUUCAUAAAACUUAUCAUUGGAAAAGUAGAUUCACACACCCGGUCGUUUCAAACGUUCUUCAAAGUUUUAUAGUAACUAAAUCAAGGAUCAGUUUUUAAUUUUAAAUUCUAAUUCAUUAAUUUUAAUAUUUAUUAUUAAUACUUUAGUGAUUAAUUAAUUGAAACUAAAUAACGUUAAACACUCAGUUGCACUAGCCUUGUUUCCAGAACUCGGUUGUCACCAGUUGCUAAUGGUAUGCAUGUAGAACAGCAUCGGUGCAGAGUGACUCGGUGAUGGGCCUAAUCCAUCCCACUGAAUUUCCCUGCUGGAUUGACACAUACCUGCCUAAUGAAUUGCCUCUUCAGCUCUUGCAUCUCCACUGCCUCUCACCAACAUACACAGUUGAUUCACCACACAGCCACCCAGCAAAUUUUGUUAAAUGUUAAGUCAGACAUGCCACUCCUCAGACUCGUGCUCCCUCGAUGAUGUCUUAUCACAUUUAGGAUCGGUUUCAAACUGCUCACAACCGCUUUCAUGAUGUGGCCCCUCCUGAACUGAGCAUCUCACAGACCACCACUGCACACCUCACUCAUUCUGCUUCAGCACACCAUUUACUUCCCUCCGCAUACCAAGUACACACCUGCUCCAGGGCCUUUGCACUUACUGUACCUCUACCCAGAAUGCUCUUUCCCAAGCGUCCAAGUGCCUCACACUUGCACUACAUUCAAACCUUGACUCAGUGUUGUAUCCUCUGGAGGCCUCCGUCAACCACCCCAUCACUCCACCCCCUGCUCUGGUAUUGUUGUGUUUUGUUUUGUUUUUAUAGCAAUGAUCUCAGCUGACGCUGUGUCCUAUAUGAACUUUCCAUCCAUGGUGGAAUGUAAGGUACAGGGGAGCUGAUACUUCUGCUCUAACUCUGCUCUUCCCCAGCACCUAGGACAAUGCCUGGCACAUACUAGACACUUAACAAAUGCUUGUCACAUGGAUGGAUAGCUGUCUUCAUGUCUCAUUUGCCUCCUGAUCUGGAGCCUUCCGUGAUCUUGGGAACAGAUAGCAUUGGCUAUGCCCCUUCCCAACCCUGAGAAGGGGCAGGAAUGCUGCAGAAGAUAUUCUGACCUCCCUCCAUGUGUGUCUAUGCACCUGUGUCCCCACCUUCUCUGCACUCUGCCCUUCUCCAGAUGCGGAGCCUCAAGGGGGAGGAAAGGAUGCCUGCUGCACGAGGGAAGUCCAAGUCCAAGGUGCCAGUGACAUUUGGGGAUUUGGCCAUCUACUUUUCCCAGGAAGAGUGGGAAUGGCUGAGCCCCAUUCAAAAGGAUCUGUAUGAAGAUGUCAUGUUGGAGAACUACCAGAACUUGGUCUCUCUCGGACUUUGCUUUCGGAGGCCAAAUGUGAUCACCUUAUUGGAGAAAGGGAAAGCACCUUGGAUAGUGGAGCCAGUGAGGAAACGCCGGGGUGUGGCUCUGCCAUCUCAGGACUCUGCCCUUCCCCAAGAGAGGAACCUGGAGGAGGACCCAUCAGCCCAUGAAAUUCUAAAAGUCAUGUCCCUUGAGUCAGACUUGUUCACGGAUGUGGCCAUAGUCUUCUCCCAAGAGGAAUGGGAACAGCUUGCACCCGCUCAGAGGGAUUUGUACAGAGACGUGAUGUUGGAGACCUAUAGCAACCUGGUCUCACUGGGUCUUGCCAUCGCCAAACCUGAUGUGAUCUCCUUCCUGGAGGAGGGCAAAGAGCCCUGGGUGGUAGAGAAAACGUCAAGAGGAGGCCUGUGUCCAGUACUGGAGUCCAGGUAUGAUACCAAGGUAUCAUCUCCAGAGCAGCACAUUUAUGAAAUACAGACGCCACAGUGGGAGAUAAUGGAAAGCCUCACAAGUUAUGGUCUUGAGUGUUCGAGGUUCCAAGAUGAUUGGGAAUGCAGAAGCCAGUUUGACAGACAACGGGGAAAUCCAGAUGGACAUUUGAGUCAAAUGAUAAUCAGUCAUGAAGAAAUAGCCACUUUAAACCAACAAGCAUCAUUUCCUUUUUAUCAGAAAACUCAUCGUGGAGAAAAACCCUAUGAAUAUAACGAAUGUAGAAAAGACUUCUGGCAGGAGGACUUCCUUAUUAAUCAUCAAGGAAUUCAUGCUAAUGAGAAACCCUAUAAAUGUAAGGAAUGUGGCAAGGCCUUUAAGUAUGGCUCACGACUAAUUCAACAUGAGAAUAUUCAUUCUGGCAAGAAACCCUAUGAAUGUAACGAAUGUGGAAAGGCCUUCAAUUCUGGUUCAAAUUUCAUACAACAUCAGAGGGUUCAUACUGGUGAGAAACCUUAUGAAUGUAAGGAUUGUGCAAAGGCCUUUAGUCGAAGUUCACAGCUGAUUGAACAUCAACGAAUUCAUACUGGUGAGAAACCCUAUCAAUGUAAGGAAUGUGGCAAGGCCUUCAAUAGGAUCUCACAUCUUAAAGUACAUUAUAGAAUUCAUACUGGUGAAAAACCCUAUGCAUGCAAGGAAUGUGGGAAGACCUUUAGUCAUCGGUCUCAGUUGAUUCAACAUCAGACUAUUCAUACGGGCAAGAAACUCUAUGAAUGUAAGGAAUGUGGGAAGGCCUUUAAUCAAGGCUCAACUCUUAUUAGACAUCAGAGAAUCCAUACUGGUGAGAAACCCUAUGAAUGCAAGGCAUGUGGGAAGGCCUUUAGAGUGAGCUCACAACUUAAGCAACAUCAGAGAAUUCACACUGGAGAGAAACCCUACCAAUGUAGGGUUUGCGGUAGGGCUUUCAAACGGGUCUCACAUCUUACUGUACAUUAUAGAAUUCAUACAGGUGAGAAACCAUAUGAAUGUAAGGAAUGUCGAAAGGCCUUCAGUCAUUGCUCACAACUGAUUCAGCAUCAGAUAAUUCAUACUGAGGAAAAGUCUUGUAAAUAUAAGGAAUGUGGGAGGACUUUACAUCAUAAUUCAGCUACUGUUCAACACCAGAGAAUGCAUAAUAAAGAAACACAAGUGAACAUAAUAAAUGUAGAAAAGCCUUCCAUUAGCACUUAUCCUUUAUUAAUCAUCAGAGAAUUUAUGUUAGCAAGCAACCAUAUCAAUGGAAAUAAUGGGGAGAGCCCAUUAGCUUAGGCUAGUCCCAACUUCUUAUAUUUUGCAGAAAGACUUGAAGAAUGUAAUGCAAAUGGGAAUGCCUUCAUUCAAGCUAUCCUUUAUCCUGAGUCAUAAGAUUAAUAAUGAAAAAUUUUACGGAUAUAAAUUGUUUAGACCAUAAUUAUUGAAGAAGCAAGGAAAGGUUGGGAAAAAAAAUUUGUCUCUAACAUUACAGGAUCACAUUUUCUAACCACACUGUAAUAAUUAUAACAACAGCCAGAAAUUUUCAUUUUUUGGCACUUGAAAAAAAAAAAACAGCCAAAUUACUCUUGGGUUCAACUUUUUUUUUUUUUUUUAAUAGGCACCACACCCAGUGUGGGCCUCAAACUCAUGACCCUGAGAUCAAGAGUCAUAUGCUCUACCGACUAAGCCAGCCAGGUACCCCAUUACUCUUGGGUUAAUAAAUAAAUCAUGUAAAUUACCAUGCAUGGUAAUGAAAAAAUGACAAUUAAGAGAUUUGCAUUCCAGGAGUUGUAGCAUGUGGCUGAAGUUACUCAGAAGAAUUUUUAUGGCUUUUAAAUGCAUGCAAAGCAUGAAAACUUGAAUGAUUAUUCUCAAAUAUAUUAAAUGUACUAUUCAAGAAGCCAGAAAAGACAAUACCAAACACUGAGGUGAUGAAAGAACAAAUUGGUACAAAAUUAAAAGAGAAAAUAAUGAAAUUAGAAAGUGGUUAUCUUAAAAUAAUCUGUUUUUAUUUCUUCCUGACCCAAGAAUAAACAAAAUUUAAGAUAAUAUUUCUCAAUUUCUAUGUUGUUUUAGAUUAUCUUUCAUCACUUUUGUCACAAACAGAAGGGGCCGGUUGCCUACGUAGCGGCCAUACCCGAUUCCCCUUCCUACUGGCAGCAUCUGUGUCUUGCCUUAGACUCUGAAGAUACCAGAUGCUAACUUUUCAGCGUUUUCUGCAGCUCAGGAUGGCUCUCAUGUUCCAGGGUAAGGCCAGUAUGUUCCAGGGAUCUGUAGGGGCUUCUGGGACAGAUUUUCCUCAUUCAGAAGAGACAGAUCUAUCAGGAAGACUCCAUCUCCUCUCAUGUGCUUUUAAACAUUCUCCUAUGAGAACAUAAUGCCUGGAGCUGCCGUAGCCAUGUUGGAACCAAAAGGAGAAAACCGAGGACCUCAGAGAAGCUGACCCAGAGUUACCAGGACAAUUCUGGAACUGUCUCUGUGAAGCCUUGUUAUGUAAAAAAAAAAAAUAAACCUUUAUUGCUGAAA